CAGGACAGGUGCGUUUUAUUUUGCUCACUGUACCGUAAAUGAAUUUAUCAUAAACACAGGGACAACUGAAUCAAAUGUAAAAUGACUGUAAAAUAAUUCAAUGAUAGCAAACUCUCGAAUCUGCUUCUGUGGCGUGAGAAAAAAUGUUUGAGUGUGGGCUUCCGUCAGGAUCUGUCGUCGGGGAAAAGUUCGUAAUUCGUUCGGAGACUGUUAUAUUCACCGAAAUAUAAGGCUCAAAGCGUUUCGUGACGAUUCUUGUUUUGUUUUGUGUUAUUAUUUAAAGUGCAUCUAAGGUUUUUUUGAUCCCGCGAGUCAACACUUCAAUAUGCCGUGCGUGAAGCUGACCUAGCGGCCAUAGAGACAGUUAUAUUCAGGAAGUCUUUGUGAAGUAACCAAACUUCUUGGGGCGUGAGGGACUGAGGAGAGUCGCGUGCUUCGUCGCUGGAAGUGGAUCGGUCGCGUUCAUCUCGUGUUCCCGACGGAUCGUGACAGGACUCGUGAGUUGGUGAAGGACGAUGGCGUCUGUUAAAAGCUGCUCUUGGACCAACUGAUGGAGCUGGCAGAAGAUGAACUGAAGAAAUUUCAUUGGCAUUUAGUGAAUUUUUAUCAAAAGUGCAUAUCAAAGUCUGAAUUGAAAAAUGCAGAUAGAUGUGACACAGUAGAUAAGAUGGUGAUGUGUUUUGGACCAGAUGAAGCUGUGAAGGUCAUGGUAGACGUCCUGAGAAAGAUAAACCAAAAUGAUCUGGCUGAACAGUUGCAGAAUGAACACAAGCAAGCUCAGACUGAGGACAAUAUGAAGACAUCUGUCUCUGUUAGAGAGCUCCAAAAUGUCUUGAAAACUCACAAAAACAACAUGAAGAUGAAGACAAAAUACAUUUUUGAGGGCAACAAAGAAACUGACACAGAUCUGAAAGCUGUUUACACAGAUCUGUUCAUCACAGAGGGAGAUAUGAAAGAUGUAAAUCAGGAACAUGAGAUUCUGAAGAUUGAUGAUGCUUUCAAGAGCAAAAAAACACUGAACAAACCAAUCAAAUGCAAUGAUAUAUUUACUGAACUGAGGAAAAACAAUGAGUUAAAGAUUGUGUUGACCAAAGGAGUCGCUGGCAUUGGAAAAACUGUGUUUGUGCACAAGUUCAUCCUGGACUGGGUAGAAGGAGAAUCUAAUCAGGAUAUAGACUGUGUGUUCCUGCUUCCAUUCAGAGAGAUCAAUGUGAUUAAAGAAAGAGAGGUCAGUCUCCAUGAGUUUCUGCUGAAAUUUAAUCCUGAAUUGAUGUUCCUGGAGAAAUCAAAGUUAUAUACAGAAUAUAAACUUGUGUUUAUUUUUGAUGGACUUGAUGAGAGUCGACUGCCUUUGAAUUUUGAAAGUGAUACAUUGAACACUGUUGAGGAAAGAUCAUCUGUAGAUGUGCUGUUUACAAGUCUGGUCAAAGGUAAACUGCUUCCAUCAGCUCUUGUCUGGGUCACAUCACGACCGGCAGCAGCCAAUCAGAUCCCUCCUCAGUAUGUAGGAUUGUUCACAGAAGUGCAAGGAUUCACUGACCUACAGAAGGAGGAGUACUUCAGAAAGAGAUUCACAGAUCAGAGUCUGUCCUCCAGAAUCAUCUCCCACAUUAAGACGUCUCGUAGUCUCUACAUCAUGUGCCACAUUCCUGUGUUCUGCUGGAUCACAGCCACAGUACUUCAGGAUAUUCUCACUGAGAACAAUGAAGAGAACAUCAGCACAACACUCACUGAAAUGUACAUUCACUUCCUGAGGAUACAGAUGAACAUGAAGAGUCAGAAAUAUGGCAAACAACAAGACGGAGAAUGUUCAGAGCACUUACUUUUAAAUAGAGAGAUGAUUCUGAAGUUAGCCAAGCUAGCGUUUGAACAGCUGAAGCAGGAAAACAUUGUGUUCUAUGAGAAAGAUCUGAAAGCAUGUGGUAUUGAUGUGAGUAAAGAUGCUGAGUUCACAGGAAUGAUCGCUCAGAUCUUUAAGAAGGAAGUUGGACUUUAUAAGAGAAAGGUCUUCUGCUUUGUGCAUCUGAGCGUUCAAGAGUUCCUCGCUGCAGUGCAUGUGUUCACCUGUUACCUGAAAAAAAACAAGCAAGAGCUUAUGUUUUUCUUUGAGAAAUUCACAAACUAA